UUUAUUUAUAUUAAUAUUAUUUAACAAGUACAAAAAAAGUCUCAAUGGUUCAUAAUUUGACGCUAUAAAGCGCAAUUUUAAGUGAUCUUUCAAUAUAAAAUAAAAAUAUUUUUAUCCGCAAAUAUUAAAAUCUCUUCAUUCAAUCUAAAAAAUUUAACUAAAAAAAUGAAAAAUAAACAAUAGGUUUAAAAAAAACUAAAAAACACGCUUUUUAUAGAAAACCGAACUAAAAAAUAGAAAAUAAAUUUAAAUUAAGAAUAGUGUUUAACAUUUCAAUAAAUAUAAUAGUGUGAAUAAAAAAAAAAUAUUUAAAAAAAAGCGUGGGCUGUAUGGUGUCAAUAGUUAUAAUUAUUUUAUUGACAUAUAUGAGUAGAGUGAUUUAAAAAAAUAUGUAACCUUGAUAACAAGCCUAAUGAUAAAUAAAGAUAUUUUUGAAAGUAAGAAGAAGGUUCUCAGUAACCAGUCCAUUGCUCGUGGGAACAUCAUGGAAAGAAAAAACAUACAAAAAUAUAAUAAAACACAGAGAAAAAGGACAUUAGAGAAAAGAAGACAACAGUCAAUAAAACGAACAUCAAAACUAUCAAGCGAGGAAUUAGAAGAGAGAAAGAAGAAAAGAACACUUUAUAUGAGAAAUUACAGAGCAGAACAGUCAGAGGAAGCCAGAGCAGCUCGUUUGCAGCAAGUGCGUGAUUCCAUGGCUGCGAUCCGAGCCUCAGAAUCAGAUCAAGCUAGAGAGGUCCGCUUGCAGCAAAUGCGUAAUUCCAUUGCUGAGAUCCGAGCCUCUGAAUCAGACCAAGCUAGAGAGGUCCGCUGGCAGCAAAUGAGUUCGAAGAAAUAUAUGGCACCAUCUAAAGCUUCUUCACAUUUGAGUUUGAAGAAAAAUAUGGCACCAUCUAAAGCUUAUUGGAAUAAUUUGGAUCCCCGCUCUAUUCCAGAGGUGAUUGCGGAGUUAUUUAAAUUGAAAAAAGAGUAUCAGCAGUUGCCCAAUAAAGAAGUAAUAAUAAAUAAGGAAAUAAAAGAAGAAGUUACUGAGCUCUCUGAAGACUACAUUGCUAAAAUAAAAGAUGAGGUAGAUGUCAAGGAAGAAGUGCUUCAUAAAGAGUACUUUACACAAUAUACUAAUAAUUGUAAUGCUGCAAACGAUUUUGUAGACAGUUUAAUAAAAAAUGAAAAACUAAACAGUAAAUGGAUGAACAACACUGUAGGGUUGGACUCAACUCCAGACAGAUUAUGCUCAAAACAAAUUGAUUCUCACUCAAAUCCAAAUCAAUUUGCUAACUGUCCAGUGAAUGAAGAAGAUCGGCACACAGUUGUAAAAGGAAUAAUAACUGAAAUUUUUAGUGAUGAAGAGGAGGAAAUAAAUCAUGAAUGCCCACAAGAUGUUAUAGUAAAAAAAGAAGGGAAGAUAAAUGAAGGAGACUGUCAUUUGUUAGAAAAAGUAAUAAAAACGGAAGUUUGUGAUAAUGUAAUGGAGGGAAAUGAAGAAUACAAAGUCACUGAGCAACCUGAAGAUGCUAUUGUUAGAGUAGGAGAAAAGAUAAAUCAAAAAGAGUAUCAGCAGUUGCCCAAUAAAGAAGUAAUAAUAAAGAAGGAAAUAAAAGAAGAAGUUACUGAGCUCUCUGAAGACUACAUUGCUAAAAUAAAAGAUGAGGUAGAUGUCAAGGAAGAAGUGCUUCAUAAAGAGUACUUAUAUGGAAUAUAGGUAUAGCUAUGACAAAACCCUUGCGAAGUACUCAUAUUCGAGAUGGAAUUAUUGUAGCUGCAUCAUAGUUUAAUAAGCAAUCAUCCAAUGAUAAAAUAAACUCAAGUCACUUAGGAUACGGUGGAAACAAAGUACCUAUCUAUGUUGCAGAGCACUUAUCGCCCUUUUACAAGUCACUUCAUGCUAAAACUCGUGCAAUAGCCAAAGAAAAGGGUAUUUGUGUGGGUCAGAAAUGGAAAAAUAUAUACUCGCAAAGACGAACACUCUUCACCAAUUCUCAUGAAAAACAAUGAAUCACUUAACAAAUUAUGAAACUGCAAGUGACGUGAUCUUCAAAAUAUUACAGAUUAAUAGCAAAAAAAAAAUUCAAUAUUUACUACCAAAUUUUUCGAGGUAUGAAAACGAAAUUAGAAAACAUAAGGUUCGAGUCUCUUGCAAGUAAAUACGAUAUUAUUGUGGGAACAGAAACAUGGCUUGAUAAUUCGAUAUACGACGGUGAACUUAUUAAUGAACAGUAUUUUAUACCCAGAAGAGAUAGAGAAUCCACCGACUCCCAAAAAAAGGUGGGAGGUGGUGUGAUCGUGGCAGUUGCUAAAUCUAUUAAUAGUACGCGUAUCGAGAGUCCUACCGAGGACUUAUGGCUUUCUAUUAAGUGUACAUCUAAUGGUAAUACUUAAGACAUUCUUCUAUGUGCUGUUUAUGUCCCCACUCCAGUGUGUAGCGUUGUCCCGGAAAUCAUUUUGGAAAAUAUAAGUACGGUUGUGCAAUCACACUCAAAUGAAGUACUAGUAGUUGGGGAUUUUAGUUAAGGAUUCAUAGAUUGGAAAUUAGAUGACAAUAAGUUAUUACAACCUUUUAACUACAACAAUAAAUUAGGCUUUUCAAUGGUAGAUUUUAUGUCUCAAAACAACUUUCAUCAAUAUAAUAAUGUUCGGAAUAGUAAUAACCGCAUUUUAGAUCUCGUUCUUGGUCGAGAAUGUAUUGUUAAAGUCACGGAAGCAAGUGCCCCCUUAUCAAAAUUUGAUACUCAUCAUCCAGCAAUCAUAAUCAACGUAGAAUUAAACACAUGUAAAUAUACCAUACAUACCUUAAAUGUAGAACCUUUGUUAAUCACGACUUUUAUAAAGCGGAUUAUGAUGUAAUAAAUAAACUGAGCGAACUCGAUUGGGAACAGACACUUCUAACCAGUGAAGGAUGAAUGAAGAAUAAAUGGUAUUCUAACGUUGCAACACCGAUUUCGUAUAUUCUAUUUUUUAUCUAUAACUAUGAAAUUACAUUUGUUACUGAAAUGUACUUACUUUGACCACAGCUGAGUUCUUUUACUUCGGGGCCGGCAACUGUCAAUUAUGGCUUGAUAAUGUUAUCAUAACUCCUCGUUUACCCCAAGGUAUUAUACAUGUAUUUGACAAGUUUCAUGCAAAUUACAAAUACAAGUUGUAUACAAUGUUUUCAAAAUACAAAUGCAUAAAACUUGUCGUAGACAAUAUUUGUAUGAAACUUGUCUGAUGAAAUUGUUUGUCACCUAUUAGUUGUCUACAUGUAUACGAGUAUAAUCUCAUGUUUUAUACUUGAUGUAGGUCUGUAGCCAAACUUGUUUAAGACAUGUCAGUGCAGAAGAUAAUUAAUUUGACAACACAAUUGGCUACUGGUACCACGGAACAGAAAAAACUAGCGGAAGUGGCAUGGGGGCGUUACCCUGUCGCCACUAUUGUGUACAAAUGUACAACUUGAGGGUCAAGUGAGACCAGUCGUUUAAGGUCAAGUGAAGCAUAAUUAUCCCUUUAAAAAAAUACAAAUAUGUCUUAUUGUGCCAUUUUUGACUGUAGAAAUCAUAGCCGCAAUAAAUAUAUGUCUAACAAAGGGAUUUCCUAUCAUCGGUAAUCAUAAUUUUCCGAUUCACUUUCAAUUAAUAUUUUUUAUGAGUUGUGAAAAAUAUACAAUUAAAAAUGAACCAUAAUA